CUCAACAAGAAGACUAAAGUACAUUCUUUGGCCGUUACAGCUUUUCCAUUUCUAGACAAAAGGCAUAAUUAUGAAGUUCCUUAUUUUAAGUGUUAUGCUUCUAGCUGCAGCAUACACAACAGCAAAGAGAGCAAAACGUGAGGCAUACGCUCUCCCUGAUGGUGCUGACCUUUUAGUAGGACCAAUUAAAACAACAUUCUAUUGCUUCAAUGAUGGCUAUUAUGCCGAUAUAGACAACAACUGCCAAAUCUUUCACGUCUGCCAUUCUAUUGAGACUGAAGAUGGUUCAAAAGAGACUCAGCAAUGGUCUUUCAUCUGUGGCAACCAGACCAUCUUCAACCAACUCACAUUAAGUUGCGCUGAUCCCGAAGAGGCUGUACCCUGUCCGGACGCUCCAACCUUCUACAGCAUCAAUGAGAGGAUUAAUGCUGAAGAUCCCAACCUCUACUUCUUGACCGAAGAAGACAUAGUAAAAGCAGAAGCUUUGCUAUCCAAGAACAGGAAUUAAGGAAAUUAUGGUAUUUUAUGGCAGACCAUAGCAACAGACGAACGGACUGUACUUUGGACUUGAGUAAAGAAUGUUUUAAAAGCAGAGUCAUCUGGUGUCAUUCGAAAAGAUGCGGUGAAUGUUUUUACAGCCAUUUUCAGGAACUUCUUGGGAAUAUUUCAUUCUUUUCCAUUACUUGGAACUUUCAUACUUCGCAUAAGUUUAGCUCUUCCGUACUAAAUAUUGGUUUGUUCUAUGUUUAAUCUAUUUGUUAGGUACAGCUUAGCUUUAUAUGUCAGUUUUUAAGAAGAAAAUUUCUUUGUGCUUCAAUCUUAUUUCCGAAACUGUUCGUGAUGGUAUGUAGAUGAUUUUGGGAAUUUUUUAACUCUUUCCUUUAUACUAGUUCUUUAGGGUACAUUGAAUUGCAAGUACUUUUGCUUACUUACGAUCGAAAUUGAUUCAGAAUUUAAAUUAUGGGAGUAUUAUAAAGUUUUUUUGUUUACAACACUUUUUUGCCACUUAUUUAUAUGAAUUAGAGAAAAUUAUCUUAUUGCUAUGUAUUGCAAAUGUUGAAUGCUAUAUGUGUUGUAUGAGGUGAAGGUGCAACAACAAGAUUAUUUAGAUUGUUAUAUUUGCAUAAAAUUGCACUUGUGGUAACUGAAUAUUUUUGCCACAGCUUUCAUCGUAUGUUGUAAUCUAUAAAUAAAACCAAUUUUGCAAUUUA